AUGUCUCGCGUCUGCCAGAAUGAUGGGUCGUUCGGACCGGGUAUUGGCUCAUGCCGCGGGGGGUUCGACUUCACGCUCGUCUUCGAAGACAGUGUGCUCGGUCUACUGCCGCAAGCCGCCUUGCUGCUGCUGGCACCUGUCCGAUUGGCUACGCUCCGCCGACGACGCGACCGGGUGGCCAAGAAUUCCCACCUCGGGUUCCUGAAGACGGCACGUUAUGUCUUGGCCGCCGUUGAGCAUAAAUCUCUCGAUAAGCGAGAGUUGUUCUACUCCGACCGGGACCGUAGACUGCCUCCCGAAGAAACGAUCGGCUUGUUUGGAAAGAGGCUGUUCUGGUACCUCAAUGGCUUGUUCAGGGAAGGCUACCAAAAGAUCCUCAAGCCCACGGAUCUGUACAACAUCGAUGCGGAUCUUGCCUCCAAGGAACGGGCAGCCGCUUUCCAAAAUGCAUGGGCAAGACAGGACAAGCAGAAGAGCGCAGCCCUGGCUAGGACCAUUUUCAAGGUGCUCUGGCUAGACUUGCUUUUGCCAGUUAUCCCAAGACUGCUCCAAAUGGCCACAAGUCUAAGCCAACCGUACCUAAUUACAGCUAUGAUCAAGUAUGUUGACGAUCGCGAGGAUCCGAGCACGCAGAAUACGGGAUAUGGUCUAGUCACCGCUUUCGCGCUCAACUAUACGCUCCUUGCCAUUGCUUCGAGCUGGACCGCGCAAUGCGUGGCCCGAUUCUCCACGAAGCUUCGUGGCUGUUUGAUAUCGCUUAUCUACGAAAGGACGCUACACACCUCUUCAAAGGACGUAGAUCUUGGCGCAGCGACAGUUCUCAUGAACGUCGAUGUUGAGAAACUGCUUGGUGGCUGCCGCCAAAUGAACGAGAUUUGGGCUGCUUUUGUAGGCACAGCUGUAGCUCUAUACAUCCUCUAUACGCAUCUCGGCGCCGCCUUCGUGGCUCCAUUCUUGACCGUCUUGAUCACUACGGGCAUCUGCACCUGGAUCGGAAAAAAAUUGAGGGGCCGCCAACUUCUCUGGGCUGCAGCUACACAGCGACGGGUGACUGCAGUCUCAUAUGUUGUCGGUUGCAUGAAGGGAGUUCGAAUGCUCGGACUUUCCGAUACCGUCUUUCGCAUGCUCACGAAGCUUCGGGAACUUGAGGUUGCCGCCAACCAGCAUAUCCGGAGACUUCUGGUUUGGGUGUUGUUGCUAUCGAACGUCAUGUUUCAACUGACCACUCUAGCAACCUAUGUCACCUUCGCCGUAAUCAUGCUUGUGAAAACCAACAGCACUGGCCUCGACUUCCACAAACUUUAUGGCUCCUUGUCGGCUCUAAAACUAGUCACGUCUCCGAUGAUGAUUGUGCUGCAACUAAUUCCUACUCUGCAGACGAGUCUCGCUUCGCUAUAUCGAAUCGAGCAGUUCCUCAAGUCUGGCGCCUUUGAACCUGAGCAGUUAGAGCACUCCGCUCCAGCCUCAGUAUCCGAAGGCGUCGAGCUAGCCCCACUCUCCGCAGGCGUCAAGAACGCCGGCUCGCCUGCUCCGAUGCUCUCCUUCAGAAAUGCAACCUUCACGAUAGACGAACAGCCACUUCUGUUCGAUAUCAAGACGAGUUUCCGGCCUGGCUCGUUCACGAUGAUCAUUGGCAAGGUCGGUUCUGGAAAGUCCAUCUUUCUCCGCGCUGCCGUUGGCGAAAUGAAGUUAUGGAGUGGUUCCUUCCAGCCAUGCACUUCGGGAACAUCCUUCUGUGAUCAAACAGUAUGGCUUCGCAACGCUACUGUACGACAGAACAUCAUUGGCGAGGACGAAUUCGACGAAGCAUGGUACAACAAGUGUACCGCCACCUUUGCAGGUCUCCUCCGGAAAUCGAAUGCUACAGUCAUACUGGCCACACACGCAACUUAUUACGCUCGAUAUGCGGACCGGAUAAUAGUUUUAUCCGACGGCCGGGUCUCAGAGGAAGGCACAUAUCAACAACUUGCGGAAAGGAAUGUUAACUUCAAGGCUCUCGACGGGAGUGCUGGCGAAGAGAACCAUGACAUAGACUCUUGCGCCGAUACCCAUACGGAUCUUGACGUGCCAUUCGAGCUACCUUCACCUCAAACGGAGCCCGACGCCGAGGAUGAAGAUGAGGAGGAUUCGUCGCGGCGGGCUGGAGAUAGACGAAGCUUCUUCUUCAUGAUGAAGGCUAUUGGGCCACUGCACGUCUCAAUAUACUGGACCACGGCUACUAUAGCCACUGUUGCCACUCAGAUUCAAUACUUGUGGCUAAAGUGGUGGGCACAGUCAGACGACACCAGCAGAUCCGCCUCAAUCCGCAAUCUGUACUUGUUCAUCGUUGUUACCUUGGUCAAUAUCCUUCUAUACCUUGCCUGGAUAGGACAUUUUGAGAUGUGUUUCGUUAAACGGAUGAGCCUGUCGCUACACGCCAGCCAGCUGAAGUCUUUGAUGCGGGCCAAGUUUUCAUACUUGGCGUCGACAGACAUAGGGUCUAUCACCAACAGAUUUUCCCAGGAUAUCGUCUUAGUCGACAAUCAACUACAGAUCGCCUAUGUUAACGUAACCUCCGAGUUUCUACUUUUGGUAGCAUCAGUCGCCAUUCUGGUCGUGGCAACGCCUCCGGUGGCGGCCACCAUCCCCUUACUUGCGGGAGUCUGCUAUUGCAUUCAACGGGUAUAUCUUCGGACUUCAAGACAGGUCCGCUUGAUGGACCUCGAGGCAAAAGCGCCACUAUGCACCCACUUCCUCGAGAGCCUGGCCGGUAUCGUCACUAUACGAGCCUUUGGAUGGUCGUCCGCCUAUCGAAAGAAGAAUUCUGAAUAUCUUGACCAGUCGCAGAUACCCUUCUACUUGCUGUUUGCGAUCCAGAACUGGCUGAAUAUGGUACUCGAGCUUAUGGUCGCUGGUCUUAUCACUGUUAUCGUCGGCUUGGCAGUCGGUCUUCGUUCGAAAGUUGAUCCUGGUUACCUGGGUUUGGCCCUCGUGUCAGCUAUGGACCUUGGCUGGAAUUUUCGCAUCAUCAUUUUGGCGUGGACUGAGCUGGAGACGUCUCUUAGCGCUGUUACUCGUAUACGACAAUUCGCCGCAACACCAUCAGAGUCUCAAGAGCUCAUGCAAGCCGACCCGCCAGAAUCAUGGCCGAUGCAUGGUUCGGUCGCUUUCAAGAACUUUGCCGCGAGCUACUCUGACAAAGGGAAGUCGGUAUUGAAGGGCAUCGACCUAAACAUCAAAGCGGGUGAAAAGAUUGGGAUUUGUGGUCGGACAGGAAGCGGGAAGUCCAGCCUCGUCGCCGCGCUCUUUGGGCUUCUCCACCAGCAGGAAGGUGAGAUCCUUAUCGACGGUAUACCUACCGUGGAUGUGUCCUUGUCUCUCCUCAGAUCCAAGAUCAUCGCUUUACCCCAGGAGCCUUUCUUCCUAACAGGCACUGUACGAUAUAAUCUUGCGCCAUGGACACCAGAAGCAAACCGGCCUUCGGUUUCCGACAAUCAGAUGAAGGACGCACUCCAGCAGGUGCACCUCUGGGACAAACUGAGCUCCGCUGCAGAGGGUCAGCAAUCGGCUCUGGACCUGAGCUUAGACAACGUAGAUAGCCUACUAUCUCAAGGCGAGCGUCAGCUAUUCUGCCUUGCGCGCGCCAUUCUCAUGGAUGGGAAAAUCGUGGUGCUCGACGAAGCUACUAGCAGUGUUGAUGCCCAGACCGACGCCCUCAUGCAGCGCAUACUCCGCACCGCCUUCGCCGACCGUACUAUCAUCGCCAUCGCUCACCGUCUCGAUACCAUCCUCGACUUCGACCGCGUCGUCGUAAUGGACGCAGGGGGGAUUGCGGAGAUAGAGCUAUUUGAGAGAGGGACGUUGAGGAGACGGGUACGGGAGCCGGUACGGGAGAUGCGCGCAUGGGUUGAUAGGGUCGCAGAAUGGCGGUGUGUUGGAUGCGGGUCUGGUGUGUCAUUUAGUGCAUUCUCAGCUCGCUUUCACAGUGCGCGAAUGGAAGGGUUACUGUCUUGGAUCAUCAUGGCAUGUUUAUUGGGUACUGGUGCCCUUCGGUACCCAAUUCGAGUCUCUAGUCGCAGGUCUCUCCUUCUUAUAAGUCAGUCUACCUCCAACCCUACAGUUUACCAAUAUGAUGAUUUCAGCACCGUCUCCAUCAAGAAUGUGCACGGACGCGCACGGAAGCAACGCACCUCGCGUUCUCAAUACUGUGCAAAAGGACCCCUGCCCGCGGAGUCCAACGGGCUUAACUCCGAGGCCGAAGCUCAGCUGCUCCGAUACGAAGCCGGGCAGAGGAACGCUUUUGAUGAAUACGGACGGCAAAACCCGACCUCCGUUCUGGUUACACGAUUACCUUGA